CCGAGGAAUAAACAGUGUUAUUAUAUAAAAACAUUCCCAUGUUAAUUUUUAGCACUGAUCUCCUCGAAUUUGAUGAAACAGGUUCUUCGACAUCUCACCACAAAGAUGCUUCAGACCGUCAUCGUUGUCGCUCUAACAAUCCUCGCUUGCGCGAGUUCAACUUCCAACCACUCUUACGAUUUCAUCGGCAAAUUUGCGCUGGUAACCGGAGGAAAUCGAGGGAUCGGUUUGGGAAUCACCUCAGCGCUUUUAGAAAACGGAGUUAAGGGAGUUACGAUGGUUCACAUUAACCCGACUAGGAGUAAGGAAGCCGUGGAUUCGCUCGGCGCGCAGUUUGGACAGGGGAGGGUGAUUGUGCUGAUAGCGGACGUAAGCGACGAAAAGCAAUUGGAGGAAGCGUUCAAAAAGUCAAUCGCCCACUGGGGCGGUUUGGAUAUUGUUAUCAACAACGCUGGAGUUGUUAAUGAAAACAACCCGGUUCGACUGACGAAUAUCAACGCUAUUGGAGUAAUGCAUGGAACGCUCCUGGGGAUGAGGCACAUGAGUGUUGCAAAAGGGGGACGUGGAGGGGUGGUGAUUAAUAUAUCUUCAAUUUACGGCAUCGACCAUUUAUUCGCGUCACCAGUGUACAGCGCUACCAAAGCCUACGUCUUGGGCUUAGGGCGAGCUUUUGGCCACGAAUCAUAUUACGACCAAACCAAAGUUCGCGUUUUAACACUUUGCCCUGGACUCACCGAUACAGAGUUGCUAUCUAAGGUACCUUUCAAGAUGGGUAUUUCCAACGAGUUCAUUCCUGAUCUGAUAGAGAUUGCCUAUGCAUUAGUCGACUCAUCUUAUCUACAAUCGCCUCAUAAUCUCGGCAGAGCCGUAACUGUGAUGCUACAGUGUGGUGCCAGUGGUAGCGUGUGGGUUGCCGAAGAUGAGCAGUUACCAUAUGAGAUUGAUAUUCCGGUACGAACAGCUAUGAAGAAACAAUAGGGAUCUCGCUCCCUCUGGUUGGCAUGUUAUUAUACUAUUUUGUAAUGUGUAAUUAUUCUAUA